CCUGACCGUUACACGCAUCGCAUACCACCACUACUUGUGCCACUUGUGCCAAGCACCCUGACACCAACCCGUGGCCCACUCUCCCUUCUUGCACACCCACGCACGACCUUGGCUGGUGCCACCACAAGCAGAUUCGGGGGGUGAGCGGACACGCACACACACCAAAUACAGAGGAGACGACAAGAGACAACACUAAGCAAGAGAGGACGCCAGCACUCUCAUCAGUCCUUCGAGGUUUCAGCGCUUUUUGGAACUUGGCGGUAACGGAACAUCAAUCAGUCUGGUUCCCACCGGUUGCAGAGCAGAGAGAACUGAGAAUCGACAUGGACCCUUCCUCUGCUGCAGCUCACGAUGGCGAAGAGGCUGCGCCACGUGUUGUACCGAGCCAGCCUGAGAUUGCCGCGAGGUUUGCGGAUGUACCCGGGUUUGAGGAGGGCGCGGCCUUGGUGCGAAACGGCAGGCUGCCAAAGGUCGACAGCGAGGUGCAGUCCCAGCGACGACGAAGGGUAGCGGCCAUGCUGACGGAGACGGACAUGUUCAAGCUCCCCACCAAGCUGUUUGAGCAGUUUCUGAAUGACUCCGGGCUUGUUGACCCGCGGUUCAGUGGCUACUGUCGCUACCUGCGCGAGGCAUGGUACAACUUCAAGGGCAAGCGGCUGCCAGACGAUGUGUGCACGUACGGCUGUGGCCGUCUGGCUGAGUUUCGCGGCCAGAUUGUCGACACGCGACUCUCUGUGGCCGGUGUCCGCUUCCUGGAGGACGAGCGCGAGCGGUACAUGAACCGCAUCCAACAGCAACGGAGUCGACAGCGGCGCAAGAAGCAGCGCAAGGCCGCCAGGACCAACCCAGAUGCGCAGUCACCGCACGCCGCCCACCAGCCGCACGCCAUGAUCCGAGAAGAGUUCCUGCAGAACAUACAGCAGCAACAGCAACAGCAGCAGCAGUUCUAUCGUCAGCCACAGCAACAGCGGCAGUCGAAACCGCAACUACAACAGCAGCAGCAACAACAACAACAACAACAGCAGCAGCAGCAGUUCACCUCGUUGACCGUGCCCGUCACCUCCAUGUACCCACAGCAGUUGCCAAGACCACAUGGCCAACAUGUGCCCGGCGAAGCCGCGCCGGAGGUGCGUGGGCAACCCCACAUGCAACCGCAACAGAUGCAGCCAGCUCACAUGCGCAUGCAGCCCAUGCAGCCGUUCAUCACCGAAGGCCCAGACACAAUGGUGGCCGUGCCCGUGGUGAGCGUCGCUCCAGCGCCGCUCAGUCAAGACAGUGGCGAGCAACGGCACCAGUACACGUUGCAGUCACAGCAGGUCCACCCUGGUGGGGAUGGCAUAGGUGUGCUGCCACAACAGCAUGCACGGGAAGGCGAUGCGGUGGCCACCACCUUCGCGACCCCUGCACGAGUUCAGCAGAGCAACGACGCAAACACAAUCGACAGCAGCAGCUCCGCAUCAAGAGUGAUGCCGUGGGGCACGCCACAUGUGGCAGCAAUGUCGCCACCCGGCGGAAAGAGCAGCAGCGCCAUCAGCGAUACACUGGGCACGCACACCAUGCUGCGGCAAUCCCCGAUGAGGCUGCCACACUCACAAUCACUUGUACAGCAGCAGCAGCAGCAGCAGCUUCACCAGCACCACCAGCACCAGCACCAGCAACCGCCAAUGGGGAUGGUGUUUGUACAGAGCCCGACCCAGUUACACUCGGGGCAGGGGUAUCCGCGGUUCAUAUAUGUGAGCCAGCCGCCGAUUGCGCUCACAGCUGUUCCACAGGAUUUGCUGGACAAGCAAGAGAGCCCGUACAAGGUAUUGCCACCGCCAGCCAGCGUGGCGAGCACGGCUGUGCAGCACCAAGCCGCGAGCAUAACGUCCACACAAGUGAGUGUAUCCGCGGUAAAUACACGAAGAAGCGUGGUGGCUCCGACGGCAGCGAGGAAAGACGGGUUUACUCGCAGCGUGAGCGAUCCGGAGCCAACGAAACAGACCACCAGCAGUGGAGCUGGUGCUGCUGCUGCUGCAGCUGUACAUGAGCAGCAACAGCAACAGCAACAGCAACAGGAGGAUGGAGGCCGCAGUGACCGCGACACACAUACGCCUGAGGCUGAAUCACACCAGGGCGAUCCGCAAAACGAAGAAACCCCUGGGGACGUCGGGGAUACCGCCGCGAUAGGCAUGGCGCGCACUGCCCAUGUGCUCGCAGCGCCGAAGACCGUGGUGCAUGGCAGCAGCAAGCUGCACCCUCAACAACAACAGCAACAGCAGCAGCAACAACAACAGCCACCACCACCACAAGCGGUGGGAACUCUUGGGGCGGGAAUAGGAGGUGGAAUGGUGGAAGGUGCUGAUGAGGGGUUGAGGCGACAGAGCGAGGGCGGCGAGGGUGAUGCAGCGAGACGUGGGGUUUCACGGGCACAGAAGAAGCUGCUGCCUGUCUUGCGUGACAUCACUGUUCCUCCUCCCCCUCAACAGCAACAGCAGCAGCAGCAGCAGCAGGAGGAGGAGGAGUUAUUGCUGAGGGGAAGUGCAAGAGAAGGAGCAGUGCAUGAGGAUCCUGUGCAGAGCAAGCGGCCAAAGCUAAGCACGCUGCUGCCGUCUUCAGAGGGAACUUCAACACCCGCCAUGCAGAUGGCCGUGGCAGCCAGCAAUGUACCACCACCUGCAUCCGCCUCGUCCUUGCCUACGUCUAGGCAGCCAACCCAACGCCAAGCCUCUCGGCAUGAACAGGAAUAGCACUUUGUGUGUGUAUGUGUGUGAGAGAGUGAGAGAGUGAGUAUGUUUGUAUUUGUAUUUGUGUGUGUGUGUAUGUAUGUGUGUGCGAGGGGACGCAAGAGGAAAGCGAGUGAGUUCCACUGCGCUUUCCGGUUUAACCCUGCUUUCUUCAACGACUACUGUAUGCACGACCAAUGAUCGAGUGACCGACUGACUGCCAAGCCAGCACCUGCUGCUUGAUUGAUUUUACCCUGUGCUUCAUGAUAUGAACCGUUGUUAGCUAUGUUAUCGCACAUGCAUGUGCAUGUUCAUGUGCUGCUUGAUGGUUGAUGCUUGAUCUUUCACUGGGAAGCGGGGUUUGUGUUUGUCGUUGUGGUGGGUGUGUUUGUCGUUGUGAUGACAUUGCUGUCAGCGCUGGUGUGACAGCAUAGUUGGUAUGAGGACAAGUUGCUCCUGUUCCCUGUGCACGUCAACAUCUGAGCCUCUGUCUUGCCUUGUCUUCAGCUCGUCCGUGUUCUUGCUCGUUCUCCACCUCCUCCUCUCAGCCCUCCCGUCCCAACAGUACAGAGAAAUAACGU